AUGUCCGACUACGAUAAAUAUGCCGAACAAUUGCGGCAUCCUGAUAAUCCCAUUGUAUUUAUGGAAAUGACGGCGGGUGGUGCCCCACUUGGCACGAUAGUGAUGGAAUUGUUUGCGGAUGUUACCCCUAGGACUGCCGAAAACUUCCGCCAAUUUUGCACUGGAGAAUUUCGUAAAGAUGGUGUACCUGUUGGGUAUAAGAAUAGCCAGUUCCAUCGAGUCAUCAAGGACUUUAUGAUUCAAGGAGGGGACUUUGUAAACGGUGACGGUACCGGAAUGAUGAGCAUAUAUGGAGCGAAGUUUCGAGACGAAAACUUUAUCCUUGAGCACAGUGGCCCGGGAAUCCUUUCCAUGGCUAACGCAGGAACUGAUACGAAUGGAUGUCAAUUCUUCAUUACAUGUGCGAAAACAGACUUUCUAGAUAAGAAGCAUGUUGUGUUUGGACGAGUACUCGAUGGGUUGCUGACUGUUCGCAAGAUUGAGAAUGUUCAAACGGGUGCUAACAACAAGCCAAAAAUCCCGAUUUUGGUUGCCCAGUAUGUGUCCAUGAGCGAUAUUCUUGCAACACCUCAUCAUCUCGUUCGUUGCAGAGGCAGCCAAGGAGCGCUACUUAUUUUUGAUAUCACUGAUCAGCGUUCCUUCGAACGGGCAAAAGUGUGGCUCAAGGAGUUGCAGAGAGCUCUAGGAGAUUCUGUCGUAUUGAUGAUCGUCGGAAAUAAGUUUGAUCUGGCCAGGAACAGAACUGUCACCAUAGAGGAGGCGCAAGAGUGA